GAGAGAGAGAGACAGUCUCAGUCUUUCAUUCAUUCAUCUUAACAUUUCUUUUUUACGUCCCAUCAACUGAAAGACCAAUCUCUCUUUCUCUCUCUCUCUUUCAUUUUUUUUCUUUUCUCUUUCUUUCUCUUAAAUUUUCUUCCCCCAAAACCCCUCCACUCCUCACGAAUAAAGAAAACACAAACUACUCUUUCCCGUGAAAAGAUCGAUCAUUUUAACAUUCAAAUUUUGCUUAACACAGCGCCGGAUCGAAUUCCAUCUGAGACUUGACUCCCUUGAUCAAACAUACGGAGAGAGAAGAGAUUGCAUACUAGAGCAAUUUAUUCGAGAAGAAAGUUGAAAAUAGGUCUAUAUAGCACUGCUUUCUCAUGGAUUCUGCUUCAGGAGGCGGUGCACCUGAGUCAAAUACUGGUGCAGGUUCAUCAUCAGCUCCUCCUCCUGUUUCUGGUUCUGGUUCAGCUUCAGGUUCAGGUUCAGCUCCAUCGCAACAACAACCGCCGGAAUCCUCCUCUCCAGCUCCACCAAGUCGGUAUGAAUCUCAAAAACGGAGAGACUGGAACACGUUCUUGCAGUAUCUUAAAAACCACAAGCCACCAUUAACGCUUGCUCGCUGCAGUGGCGCACACGUUAUAGAGUUCUUGAAAUACCUAGACCAAUUUGGGAAGACAAAGGUUCAUAUGUCGGGGUGUCCUUAUUUUGGGCACCCAAAUCCUCCGGCUCCAUGCGCUUGCCCGUUAAAGCAAGCGUGGGGGAGUCUUGAUGCGUUGAUCGGACGGCUGAGAGCAGCUUAUGAAGAGAACGGUGGACGGCCGGAGUCGAACCCUUUUGGGGCUAGGGCCGUGAGGAUUUACUUGAGGGAGGUUAGGGAAGGACAGGCAAAAGCUAGAGGAAUACCUUAUGAGAAGAAGAAGCGAAAGAGGCCAGCUCCUGCAGUUACGGCUGCUGCUGUGUCGGUGGCUGCGGGUGCUGCUGCUACUGCUACUGCUACUGCUGGUGGUGGUGUUGGUGAAGGAGGUGGAGGUGGAGGUGAGGUUGCUCGGAAUGCUGCUGCUCCGACUACAACAGUAUAGUUUCACUUAUUUUAUUUUAUUUUUCUUAUUUUCUUAUGAUUAUCUGUUGCUAUUGGGACGAUCGAUAUGAGCAAUAUAUUUCUGGCGAUCGAUUCUCUUAUAAUUGGAUCGAGAACACAAAAUAGAUAGGAAUUCCAGUAAGAAAUCUCUCUUUCUCA